AUGAGUGGAGUUCCCGUGGCUGCGCUUGGCCUACGCUUGAUUCUUUCUUGCGACACUCCACGAUUUCCUUGGAUGAGUGGAGUUCCCGUGGCUGCGCUUGGCCUACGCUUGAUUCUUUCUUGCGACACUCCACGAUUUCCUUGGAUGAGUGGAGUUCCCGUGGCUGCGCUUGGCCUACGCUUGAUUCUUUCUUGCGACACUCCACGAUUUCCUUGGAUGAGUGGAGUUCCCGUGGCUGCGCUUGGCCUACGCUUGAUUCUUUCUUGCGACACUCCACGAUUUCUUAGAACUGCUGUUUUCCCCAUGGCCGCGCUUGGCCUACGCUUAAUCCUUUCUUGCGACACUCCACGAUCUCUUGGGAUGAGUGGAGUUCCCCGUGGCCGCUACGCUUAA